AUGGAUGAUGAGUUUUUGCUGAACGCGGACCACCCGGUAGUUCUGGAGGGCGCCCUUAACCCCAACGCCACGAGUGAUGCUGCGGGCUGGUGGAUGGACCCCGAAAGCGCGGAGACGGUCCAUUUCGUGGUGCGCUGCGUCAUGACCUCCGUGUACAUCCUCAUCAUAACCGUGGGGCUGGUGGGUAACAUCACGCUCGUCAACAUCUUCAUCACCAACAGCGCCAUGAGGAGCGUGCCCAACAUCUUCAUCUCCAGCCUGGCCGCAGGGGACCUGCUACUGCUGCUCACAUGUGUGCCCGUGGACGCAUUUCGGUACUUCUCUGAGGAGUGGGUGUUUGGCGAGGCAGCUUGUAAACUCAUUCCCGCCAUCCAGUUGACCUCCGUCGGGGUAUCGGUGUUCACCCUCACCACGCUCAGUGCGGACAGGUAA